AUGGUCGCGCGUUACGCAGAUGUGAUGGUGAAUCGUGGGGGUUUGCCGCUGUAUCAACUUCCGGUUGCCCAGCCAGAGGUGGAGGAGACUCUUCCUUCAGACUACCAAGUUGCAGCUGUGGAUUGCAGCGUCCUGCCGUUGUUGCCGCUUCACCUCCAGGCAGUGCUGGCAAAGCCACCGCUGUGCCAGAGCACAAACUUGAAGGACGAUUUACACUUGCGGAAUCUCCGAUUCUUCGUUGAUCAGACGCAGUUCAACAUCCGCCACCAGAAGGACCUCAAGCUGAGAGGCGGGUUUAUUGAAGCUGGAGAUAUGGAGCGUAUUGUCAACUACAUGGACGAGGAGAGCACUUCGCGGCGGGCCGGGACCUCGCAGAGGCGCGGGCGCUGCCGGAGGAUGCGGAGCUGGGGCCCUGCAAUGGGUCACCGCCCUUCGAGGGGGAGGAAGAGUGCCAGCUGCAGUCCCAGCGCUGCCUCGGCCUCCGCUCGUCGCUGCGAAGGCUGCAGAGGCACUUUCUGCGAGACGACACGGGCGCCCAUGGGCCAAAGCGCCCAAACCGGAGGUCGGCCGCCCGGGUCGUGCAGAAGAGCAUGGACAUGGCUUUGGACGAAGGGCUCAAUGACCAAUGUGCUCGGUUGGACGAUGCCUUCCUCAGCUGCUUCGGAGCCACUGUGGAGGUGA